AUGACGUACACAGCCCACCGUGACACACAGGCGACGCUUCACAUUCUCGACGAAGCAGACAUGGAUACUGCAGAAUGCAUCGAUGUUGACCUCUACAAGCGAUUCGGGCUGGAGGAGGAGUAUGAGAUGAACCAACUCACCACAUGGCAAAAACUAAAGCCCAGAAUUUGGGCUGUUUUUGAAAUGCCACGAUCGUCGGUGGCUGCCAAGUGUGUGGCUUUGAUUUCCGUCAUUUGCGUGAUCCUGUCCAUCGUUGCGUACUGCUUCAAGACAGCUCCAUCCUUCACGGCUCCUUCACUUCAAAUUUCCACUGGACCCUUCUUCAAUAUCACUCUCAACGCCACAGCUCUUUCCUACUCCUCCUUCUCUACCACAUCCCAUUCCUUCAUCUUAGCACCCUCUGAUCCACUCGCUGUAAUACCACAUCCUGCUUUUCUCUACAUCGAGCUCGUCUGCAAUAUCUGGUUCCUUUUCGAGUUUGUUAUACGUCUGGCCGUCACUGACAGUCCGAUGAGAUUUCUCCGUUCCCCUCUUAAUCUCAUCGAAAUUGCUGCAGUGAUCAGUUUCUACGCCGAAGUUUUCGUAACUCUCGGUUUUGGCAAUCAUCACUCCUCAUCAUCUCCUGUGAUAGCCAAAUGCGCUGUGGAGCUCCUCAGUAUUGUGCGAGUGAUGCGGUUGUUUAAGCUCACUCGGUAUAUCUCGGGAUUGAAGAUCCUCAUUCUCACAUUCAAAGCUAGUGCAAAAGAGUUGUUGCUGUUGGUGUUCUUUCUCAUGGUCUUCAUUGUCCUCUUUGCUGCAUUGGUUUUCUAUGCCGAGAGGUUUUCGCUCUCCCCCGCCAACGACUUCACUUCCAUUCCAAUUGGUCUGUGGUGGGCGAUCGUUACAAUGACCACAGUGGGAUAUGGAGAUAUGGCGCCCAAGUCGUAUGCUGGUAAGGAUUUGGAAAGUUCCUGUAUUUAA